GAUAUUGAAAUUCUGUCACAGACUCUGACAUCAUUGGCGCAGGCCGCCGGAUCCCAUGCCUUCCAUGUGGUCCUGGCAAUGGAGGCGCGCGAGGGAGAUCCUGCUGUGGAGAAGGCAAACAUGUUGUCCCAGAACUUUGGGAAGCAUUUCGCCUCGUUAACGAGUACUUGGCACCCGGCCAAUUUGCGCCAAGUUCAUAUGGAUGGUUCAUGGGAUCCCGAAAUCCCGGGCAAGGCAUCCAAUCUGAAGCAGGCUGUGAACGAUGUCUACCGUGACCUGAUGAAGGAUGGGAAAGAUGCCUCUUCCCUGUUGCUGACAGUGGCAGAUGCGGAUGUCCUGUUCCAUCCCAGAUACUUCAGCUACGUGGCGAAUGAUUAUGUACAGCUUCGAGCACAAGGAGGCGACCGACACGAAUGGACGCUUUGGCAG